AUGAGUACCGGCGAUCUCCUCAGGAACGAACCUCAAGAGCUUCAGUUCCCUCUCGAGUUGAGGAAGCUGAUCUCUUGCUCUCUCCGGCUGUCGAAUGAGACCGACAACUACGUAGCUUUCGAGGUGAUGAGGACGAAUCAGGAGAAGUAUUGGGUCAGGCCUUGUACCGGAAUCGUGUUGCCUAGGUCUACCGGUGAUGUUAAAGUUACAAUGGACGCUCUAAUGGAAGCACCUCUUGACAUGCAGUGCAAGAUUAAGUUUCUCGUCCGAAGUGUAACUGCAAGUCCGGGGUCUGCCGCGAAGGAUAUCACGCGAGAAAUGGUAAUUGAAAUUAACCUAGCCGUACUUGUCGCUGUCGGAUACCAGUUCAACGAAGUACCGGGCCGAAAGGUAGAAGAGUGCAAGAUGAUGGUUGUUUAUGUGGCUCCCCCUCGACCUUCGUCCCAAGUUCGAGAAGGAUCUUCACCAGGAGCCUCCAUUUCAGACAGUAAAGACUUGAAUAACCUUGAAUUUACAGCUGUGAGUGCUCGAUAUAUCCUUGCUUCUAUUGUCAUCUGCAAUAAACCAUGA